AUGAGGAGGUUUUGUGAUGUCGUCUUUUAUCCGAACCGAUUUUACCGAUUGGCGUCGUCGGCUUUCUUAAAAAACAUUGAUAAGCUUCGAAAUAUCGGUAUCAGCGCACACAUUGACAGUGGAAAGACAACUGUCACUGAACGAAUCCUUUUUUAUACCGGUAGAAUCGACAAAAUCCACGAAGUUAAAGGGGGAUCAGAGGUUGGUGCAACAAUGGAUUCGAUGGAACUUGAAAAAGAAAGGGGGAUAACAAUCCGUUCCGCCGCAACACAGUGCAAAUGGGGUGAUCAUUUGAUUAAUAUAAUAGACACCCCUGGACAUGUCGAUUUUACUAUUGAAGUGGAACGUGCCCUUCGUGUCCUCGACGGUGCAGUGAUGCUGAUGUGCGGAGUCGGUGGUGUGCAGAGUCAGACCCUUACGGUGGACAGACAGAUGAAGAGGUAUGGUGUGCCCCGUGUUUGUUUUAUCAAUAAACUAGAUCGUGACAAUGCUAACCCUAGGCGUGCAUUGGAAAUGGCGAGGGAACGCUUGGGGGUGAAUGCCGCAUUUAUUCAUCUCAAUAUGGGAGUUGCACAAGACUUUGAAGGUGUUGUCGACGUCAUAGAGUCCCGUGCUGUAUACUUUGACGGUAAAAAUGGGGAAAAGAUCCGAUUUGAGGAUAUACCAAGCUACAUUGCCGAUGACGUGGUGGCAACACGAAAGGAGCUUAUAUCAAGAUUGGCUGACUGUGAUGCCGAAAUGGAAGAUGUUUUCUUAAACGAUGUGGAGCCUACAGCAGAGCAGAUUCACUCAGCGAUUCGGCGCACCACGAUUGCAAACAAGUUUGUGCCUGUGUUAGUGGGUUCAGCCUACAAGAACAAAGGCAUACAACUUCUUCUUGAUGCCGUCUGUCGUUACCUACCUUCCCCAAUGGAGAAGCCAAAUUCGGGUUACUCGGUGACCAAGGUAAAGGACGAUGAAGGUAACGUUGCCAACGUUAAGGGCGAGAUCGUUCCUUUAGCGACUGAUGACGAAAAACCUCUCGUGGCAGCUAUAUUUAAGCUUGAGGAAACGAAGAAAACCGGCCUUCUUAAUUACAUUCGUGUUUACCAGGGUAAAAUGAGAAGGGAACAUUUAAUGAAUGUUCGUAGCGGAAAAACGUUUCUUCCUCAGAAGCUGGUCCGUAUGCACGCGAAUUCCACCGAUCAGAUCGAUGAAGUGAGGGCGGGUGACAUAUGCGCUAUCCAGGGUGAAAUCGAUGCGUCAUCUGGAGAUACUAUCGUGAAGGCAGGUGUGACGGCCGGUCAACUAAUUACUUGUGAGGACAUGUAUGUACCACCACGUGUCAUUUCCGCGUCAGUCAAAAUCAACAAUGACCGCGACAGUAGCAAGUUGAGAGAGCGAAUGGGCGCAUUCAUGCGGGAGGACCCGACUUUCUGUUUUUAUCGUAACACGGAAACAAAUGAGGAUAUCGUCGAAGGCAUGGGGGAACUUCAUCUCGAUAUAUACAUUGAGCGCUUGAAGCGCGAGUAUGAUCUUGAAGUGGUGUUGGGCAAACCGACGGUCAACUAUCGUGAAGUGAUCACUGAGAGAAAGGAAUUUGAUUUCGUUUACAAAAGGCAAAGUGGUGGUGCAGGACAGUGGGCCCAACUGAAGGGAUUCAUCGAUGUGCUACCCAUUGAUAUGUCGGUGGAGAAAGGAGUGAAAAACAAGGUUACCGUAAAGUGUUCCAACGGGGAUGUACGUGAGGCCUUACAAAAGUCUGUCGUCAAACAGCUGGAGAGGAAAAUUUUUGUGAAGGGGGAGUUGAUGGGCGCUCCUGUAUGGGGCGUUCACUUUCACCUUAGCGGGGGUGCGAUGCAUGAGGUGGACUCGACAGACUUAGCAUUCAGGAACGCAACUCAAGAGCUGUGGGAGACGCUCCUUCCUCAGUUAAAACCUACACUUGUUGAACCCUACAUGGUUGUGGAGAUUACAGUUCCAUCGACUUGCAUGACUGAUGUGAGCACUGAGUUUGCAAAGCGUGAAGGCGUUGUUACAGAGACGACUAUUAGCGGAACAGAUGCUAUAAUUCGUGGAGAGACAGCUCUGGAUACAAUGUUUGGGUUCAUUUCUGAUCUCCGCAGACUUACAAAGGGUCAAGGGGAUUUUGGCAUGCAGUUUAAGGAGUACCGACCGAUGCAGCAGUACAAAGCGCAAUGUCGCAUGGACGAGCGGAACAAAGACCUUGGUCGUAAGCUGUACAGGUUGAGUGGACAGUAA